CCCCCGCGGUAUAUUAAGCGGGUCGGUGUCACGCUGUAAACAACGACAGCAGCUUCUCGGACCAACAACACUUUGACUGCGAGCCUCCGAAAUGGGGCUCUGUGAUUUAAUAGUUGUAGCGGCUUUAAUUUCUGUUACAUCGACGCAGUUUAUCCCUCCGUACACAGAAGAAUGUCGGACGGAGAUGUAUCCUCCGGCGGGCCCCACGUUCAGAAGCGCGGUCAGCUGGUACACUGUGGACCUGGACUCGCCGCCUAGCGACAGAUGGACGGCUCUGAUCACUGACAAGAAAAAUGAUCUGCUCGUCGUGAUCAAGGCCAUUCGAGACUUUGCCAACGCUUUAGUUCCAAGUGGAAGGCUGGUUGAGCUCGUUGACAUUUCACUGCCGUUGAUGGUGGAAACUCUCCCAAAGCCUUACGGGGAGGAAAUCAAAGCGAUUGCGGCGGUUGCAGGACUUCCUCUUGGUGAAGUCGUCCUGUACAACAUCUUCUACGAGGUGUUCACUGUGUGCACAUCAGUUGUUGCAGAGGACGAUGAGGGUAAUCUAUUCCAUGCUAGAAAUCUGGAUUUUGGAAUAUUUAUGGGCUGGGAUGUAAAAAACAAAUCCUGGAUCAUUAGUGAGAAGCUGAAGCCUCUGGUGAUAAACCUCAACUUCAAGAGAAAUAACCAGACUCUGUUCAAGUCUACUAACUUCGCUGGCUAUGUCGGCCUGCUGACGGGCGUCAAGCCGAACCUGUUCACUCUGACUAUGAAUGAGCGUUUCAACCUUGAUGGCGGAUUCGUUGGAAUCCUGGAGUGGAUCUUUGGGAAGAGGGAUGGGAUGUGGAUGGGCUUCCUCAUGCGCUCCGUUCUAGAAAACGCAAACAGCUACAAGGAGGCCCAGACUCUCCUGGUUCAGACCAAGCUGCUGGCUCCAGCCUACUUCAUCCUCGGAGGAAACCAGACGGGCCAAGGCUGCAUCAUCACCAGGUCCAGACUGCACAGUAUUGAUGUCUUGGAGCUUGACUUGAAAUUGGGCCGGUGGUACGUCCUGGAGACCAACUACGAUCACUGGAAUGAGCCUUUGUUCCUGGAUGACCGCAGAACCAGUGCCAUGAAGUGCAUGAACCAGACCACCCAGACGAACAUUACUCCAAAGACCAUGUAUGAUGUCCUUUCAACCAAACCAGUGCUAAACAAGUUGACUGUAUACACGACACUGAUGCAAGUGUCAGGGGGAAAACUGGAGUCGUUUAUCCGCGACUGCCCAAACCCCUGCAUGCCGUGGUAACGCCUCAGCGCCUGGCCAGCUUGUAAAUGUCUGUGAUGGAGACCUCACGCCACAGAAGUGAGGGCGUUGCCUUUAAUUGUUUGCACAGUGACCAAAUCCCCUGAGCCAGUUUGUCUUGACAUGUUCAGAUUUCUUUUGUUAAUUCCUACUUUCUCACAUGAACUGGCACAGGAGUCCAUUCAACUGUAAAUAAAAAAAGUUUAUUCUACUGGAAUGUUUGCGUGUCUGUUCAAAUGUCCCUGAGAAAUGCUUUACUGACUCCAUUAAAUCUUCCCACUCACCA